GCCACUCUUUGCGAUGCCAUCGGAGGUCGCGUCCUUCUUCGGCGGGCCGCUCGCGGUCAACGUCUUCCUGCUGGGCGCUGCCGGAAACCUCUAUGUCUUCCAGCGCAUGGGCUUCCCGCUCGAACGCGUCAUGGGCGCCAAGGACGGCGACCUCCCGACGGCGCGUGGCCUCGGCGCCUUUGCGGCGCUCCUCUUCGGCAUCCUCGGGCUGCUCUACAUCGCCUUUCGCCGCAGCCUCGUGCUCGUCAUGGCCAAGUUCCACGAGGUCGCGCUCGUCUUCUACUGUCUGGUGGUGCUGCUCUUGCUCUUCGCGCCGUUUGAUGUCUUGCACCGGCGCGCGCGCAUGUUCCUCGGCAAGAAGCUCUACAAAUGCGUGUUUCCGCUCUCUUGGAAGGGCACGGCGACGCUGCGGCUGCCGAUGACCGAGACGCCAUUCGUCGAAGUGUUUCUCGCCGAUGGGCUCACGUCCAUGUCCAAGGUCUUUUACGACGUUGCGGUCGGCGUCCUCAUGCUCAUGGAGUCCCUGGACGGGCGCCAUUCGGACUGGUACGGCGCCAAGAUGAAGCCCCACCCGCUGCCGUAUCUCUGUGCAGCGUGGCCAUAUCUCAUUCGCGCGACGCAAUGCCUCAUCUCCUACCGCCGCGCGCCCCUCGCCAACGACAAGUUCUUGCAUCUCCUCAACACGUUCAAGUACGGAACGGGCCUUAGUGUCAUCGUCGUCGGCGCGCUCCCUGCGAUCUUUGGCACGGCGCCUGCAAGUACGAGCUUUCUUGUCCUCGAUGGACAGACCAUGUUCCUCCUCUGCGCGUGCUGCAACUCCCUCUACUCGUUCUUCUGGGACGUCGUCAUGGACUGGGGGCUUUGCCAGCCAGCUCCCGCGCCGAGCCGAGACCUCGAGAGCCACGUCGUCACACCAGUGCAGCACUACCCGUACUUGCGUCAGCAGCUCCACUACAAGAGCCCGUUUGUGUAUUAUGUCGCGAUGGGUGUCGACGGCGGCCUUCGCAUCCUCUGGGCAACGUCCAACUGGGAGUGGGUCGACCUCGUCGGCGCCGAGUUCAAGGUCGUCAUGCAAGUCGCAGAAGUGCUACGCCGCUGCAUGUGGAACUGCUUUCGCGUCGAGUGGCAGUGUGUGAAGCACGGCUUUGAGCUCCGGCCGGCCGACGUCCAGAAAGCCUCCGGUCUGCUCCGGAGCCGCAAACCAAAAAACAGCAAUGACAAGCUCAAUGUGCUCGAAGAGACAGCGACGACGCUGGACGCCGACAGUGAUGCAGACGACGAUCAUGCUACCAAGCCUUCCGACGACCAGAAAUUUGUGGCGUAG